GAGAGCUAAAGCUUCACGUGACACAACGCGGAACCAUGGAUGUGCGGAAGUGUCUAUUAGCAGGCGGCUACUGGAUGUUUGUGUUGGUUUUAAAGUGAAAAGUGUGAUUUGCAAUGACACUGGAAGUAGAUAGUGAGCUCGACAUUUGCAUCGUGGCGUGGCUCGGGGUCUAAGCGACAAUGGCGGUGAACUGGGCCGAAAGGAUUGAGGCUUUUUCUCGAUGUCCGUCGGGCUUCCUCUCUGGGACGACCGUAGACGCGUUCCUGGCAGAGCUGCUCCGGGAGCUCCGCGAUGACAAAGCCACGUACAGUGUCAAGGUCCACCUGUUGUCCCCACUAUGUGAGUACCCCACUCUGCUGUGUCCCUCAGACUCUGUGGGUGAAGAAACGGCUCUGGAGCUCAUGUCAGUGUUCACCCAGUGCCCUCCCAGAUAUGUGGAGUUUCGCUGUCACCUCCUCUUGGCCACCACCUCUGUUCUCAUCUGCACCGCCUGUGUGAGCAGCCAUUCUCGUGCCUCUCAGGACUUCCUGAAACUGCUCCUUGAGAUAGCCCAGGAUAUCGGUGACAUCCAGGGUGAUGGCACUCUUAGGGCUCUCAGAGCCACAUCUUGUGAUUGUCUGCGAGAGAUGGAGGCGUGCAGCCCAGGACUCCUCUGCCACCGUCUGGAGCUCAUAGAUGGUCUUCGGCAGCAAGAAACGUCCAGGCUCCACCAGGCAUUUGCUGGACUUCACACUUUGGUGCUAAGGAACGCUGUCUAUCAGCUCACCCAGGAAACUGGAGCUGGUGCUGAACAUCUUAAGGCUCUUCUAGAAGGAAAUACAUCAGUGGCAUGGGAAUCAGACCAGGAUUCAGGGAUGUUGAGUAACAAAGACUCAGGUGUACUGUCAUCUCUGAUUCUGGAACCAAUGGGCACCGUGCCAACUCUGCACACUGGACCUGAUUGUAAGGAGCUGCGUUCAGUCCUGGCCUCGCUGUUGGAGGAGUCUUUCCUACUCACUCCGCUUUCUCAGGCUGAACUGCUGCAUAGACUUACAGAGUUGGUUGCCAUGGUGCCUGGUGUGCCUCCAUCCAUAUUCAAAGCUCAGCUACUGCGCCUGCUGGGCACAAGCGAGGUUUGUCUCUUCCACUCUACUCUGCUGCUGAAGUGUGCAUUUACAGACAGCCUGUUCAGUGCAGAAGAUGAAGCUUUUAUCCUCAAGCGUCUGGUCAUGCUCUCCCAGCAUCCACUGCUGACCACAGCUGAGACGCUGUUCUACAUGGACUGUAUCCUGCACUUUCCUGAGAACCGUCCCAUCAGCUGCGGUGAAAGCGAUGAGAUGCUCCCUGUGCUGCUGACUCCGCGCCUGGCCUCGGCUCUGGUGCCCACCGUGUUCAACGAGAGCAGCACCAUGCUGGCCCGAUUUAACCUGCAUUGUCUGGUCCACCUGGAGGAGGGAGGGGAAGGGGAGGUGGAGGAGGACAGAGGGGUGGCCUACCUCUACGAACAUCUCAUCUCACUGAUGCACAUUGUGGAGAACGGGGGCAGCAGGGAAAUUAUAGUUACCUUCUUCAGAGCUGCCUUCCUCUUCCUGUUCUACCUGUACCACAUUGAACACUACUCUAACAGCCUGAUGGAGAAGCUUUGUAAGCUCUAUCUCCACCACACCCAGCUAGGGCCACACCUCAUCAACCUGGCAGACCAGACUCAGGACAGACUUUCUGAGUCACGCUGGGCGUUAGGUCUGCUAAAAGCCCUUCAGAAAGUCAUCACAGAUGCCCCCCUUGCUCAGCUGACUUUGCAGGAUGUCCACUGGCACCUGAAGAUAUUGUCUCGCAUAGCAGAGGAAGGGGAAAUUCCCCAGCCCGGCACCAUCCACUUUCUGUCUAGCAUCAUCACUCGGUCCUCGUCCUCGCUGUGUGCGAGCGGCGACUGGCGUUUGGGAAGCAGUGUGCUCAGAGUUUGCCGCCGCCUGCUUGUCCACCCCAGCCUGGACUCUCUUCUCAUCCCUCUGGCUGACAUCUUGCAGCAUCUUGCGUGCCACUAUGGAGACACUGAUAUCCAGGACCACUCCCGCCUCUACUACACCCUCCUCACCACACUGUCCAAGGAGAAGCUGGCUGAGGUGUUGGCGCAGGGUGCUGUGGAAGAAGGGCGUCAGGUCAAGAAACGCUCGCUAUCGUGCAUCGAGGGUGAAGGGCUGACAAGCAUGUUGACCAUUCAGCAGACAGAGAAGGUGGUAUUCAAGCUGGUUGCGGUGGAACCUGAUUUAAAAGAAGAAACUAGUCAAGAGUCAAGAGCCCCAAUUCCAAAUGAGGCUGAGACGUGCCUAGAGCAAGUUCACACCACUGUGGCAGCCUACAGAGCUCAGUUCAGCAACCCCGACUUUGCUUCAGAACUGACUUUAACCUACCGUCUGGUUCAUGUUGAAGUCUGUGACUCUCGCUUUGAUCAUCUCUUCAGCAUCCGCCUCCAUUUCAACCUCACCGAUGAAUACUACGAAGAGCUGAGCGACCUCAGUGUCCCCUGUCUCUUCAGGGAGAGACCAUCACCUGUGGUGAAGCUGAGGCUGAGGCCCAGACAGCCCUACUCCACCACCCUACAUGCAAGCGCCAUCUUUAGCACCCAGGAUGGACUGUCAUGGCACACCACCCUGCCCGACAUCCAGGUGUGUUUCCGGCAGACCUUCAUGCCUCUACCAGCUCCUCAGAGUUGGGGACGAGCUGAAAAACUGCACCUGUUUGAAGGACUGUGGGAGGAAAUCUGCUCAGAAGGCAAAGCGAAUGAGGAACAGUCUGACUGUGCUACUAGUCUGUUGUGCUGCCAGCUGAAGGACGCAGCUCUGUCGUUCUUGAUGGAGAAACACUUCCUUCCUUUCCUUGUGUCAGAGCUGUCCAAUAAAGAAGAAUUCAAAGUGCUUAUCUUUCUCCCACCAAAGUCCCACGUGCUGCUGAAGGUGAGCUCAGAGGAAGACACGGUGCACUUUAAAAUCGCUACAGACAACUGGCAACUCCUGUCUCACAUAGGUUCUUAUCUACUGGCAAUCACAACACACACGACACUCGCAGCUGACUGUGAUGCUUCUUACUGGGUUUUUAAAUCUAAAAACUAGAGGCUGCCUUUUUACACAAUCAGUUUAAUACUAAUUCUGCUUCAAAUAAAAUGAGACAUUUGAUUUAAAAUA